AGAAAGAAGAGACUAUCUUUGGCCUAAAAAGUGUUAACCUGACUCUGACUCCUGGAACAUGCCAUAUUCAUUGGAGUGGUCAAAGUGCCAAGCUAUUCCAGUCCUCUCCUAAUCUCUCAGGUGGUGAUUUCAUCUCUGAGGAAUGAAAAUCAUAUGCCUUCUAAAAGCCUGUGGAAGAAUGAAAGAGGAUGAAGACGCUGAUGAAUUGUUAGCUGCAGGGGAACAGAGCCAAGCAAAAGGCAUGGUCACCUGGAGGAAGAAAUCAGGAAGCCAGGUGUGAAUGUGGUUCUCCUGCCUCCUUAGCUCUUUCCAACGCCUCAGCCUACAUCUAGUUUUAGAACCUGGCACAAAGUAGUGAUCCAGGGCCAAGUUGAAGUCCCGAUUUAAAUCCAAGACCUGAGGGCACUUCCAGUUCUCCUUCCGUGAGAAGAGCCCCGUAGGGUUGCCCAGCAACUAACUGCUACAGUGGAGGCAAAAGGUGGGUGGGAUGUUGAGGAAAAAAAAAAUACUUGGAUGAAGGACAAGGAAAAAGAGUGGAAAGUGCUUUUCAAGAGUCUGCGCUUUAGAAUUGACAUCAUCCUUCCAAAUUCUAGCUGCAUUUCCGGGAACCGAGUUGUGUUUACCUUGGCUUCCGACUACGUUGGCAACAGGUUUUCUACAAGGAGCAAGUGCAGCUCCACACCCUAGUACCUCCUGCCCACCCCCUGGCUUCCAGUAGCUGUGUUCUCAGCUCCAGUGGCAUCUCAGAUUAAGCGCGGGGUAGUGUCCCUUUAAACGUCACCUGCGGAGGCGUAGGGAGCUAAAACCGACGUGGAACCAGAGUGUGAGCAGCGUCCGACACGUGGUACAAGGAGGCGCUCAUCUUGGAACUGGGCAAAGGGACUCCUGCCCAGCUUGGCUGUUAGCGGAGGAGGCGGCGGAGCGGGCCCCUGACUGCUCAGCAUGUGGGCCUUCCCGGAGUUGCCGCUACCGCUGCUGGUGAACUUGAUCGGCUCGCUGCUGGGAUUUGUGGCCACACUCACCCUCAUCCCGGCCUUCCGUGGCCACUUCAUCGCCGCGCGCCUCUGUGGUCAGGACCUCAACAAAUCCAGCCGGCAGCAGAUCCCAGAGUCCCAGGGAGUGAUCAGCGGUGCUGUUUUCCUUAUCAUCCUCUUCUGCUUCAUCCCUUUCCCCUUCCUGAACUGCUUUGUGAAGGAGCAGUGUAAAGCAUUCCCUCACCAUGAAUUUGUGGCCCUGAUAGGUGCCCUCCUUGCCAUCUGCUGCAUGAUUUUCCUGGGCUUUGCGGAUGAUGUACUGAAUCUGCGCUGGCGCCAUAAGCUGCUGCUGCCCACAGCUGCCUCACUACCUCUCCUCAUGGUCUAUUUCACCAACUUUGGCAAUACAACCGUUGUGGUACCUAAGCCAUUCCGCCCGAUUCUUGGCCUGCAUCUGGACUUGGGAAUCCUGUACUAUGUCUACAUGGGGCUGCUGGCAGUGUUCUGUACCAAUGCCAUCAAUAUCCUAGCAGGAAUUAAUGGCCUAGAGGCUGGCCAGUCACUAGUCAUUUCUGCUUCCAUCAUUGUCUUCAACCUGGUGGAACUGGAAGGUGAUUAUCGAGAUGAUCAUGUUUUUUCCCUCUACUUCAUGAUACCCUUUUUUUUCACCACUUUGGCAUUGCUCUACCAUAACUGGUACCCAUCACGGGUGUUUGUGGGAGAUACCUUCUGUUACUUUGCUGGCAUGACCUUUGCCGUGGUGGGCAUCUUGGGACACUUCAGCAAGACCAUGCUACUCUUCUUCAUGCCCCAGGUGUUCAACUUCCUCUACUCACUGCCUCAGCUCCUGCAUAUCAUCCCCUGCCCUCGCCACCGUGUGCCCAGACUCAAUAUCAAGACAGGCAAACUGGAGAUGAGCUAUUCCAAGUUCAAGACCAAGAGCCUCUCUUUUUUGGGCACCUUUAUUCUAAAGGUAGCAGGGAGCCUCCGGCUAGUGACAGUGCGCCAGAGUAAGAAUGAGGACGGUGAAUUUACGGAGUGUAACAACAUGACCCUCAUCAACUUGCUACUUAAAGUCUUUGGGCCCAUACAUGAGAGAAACCUCACAUUGCUCCUGCUGCUGCUGCAGGUGAGGUUGGGGAUAGGGUUUACACCUCCUUGUCUCCUUUUCUUCAUGGUUCUUACUCCAGUUCAUUUCUCCUUGCAGAUCCUGGGCAGUGCCGUCACCUUCUCCAUUCGAUACCAGCUUGUCCGACUCUUCUAUGAUGUCUGAGUCCCCUGAUCAUUGCCCUUACCUCACAGUCUCCAGGGUUCCGCCGUCUGUACCAAGACUGCCUCCUGGCCCAGGCCACUCCCACCCCUCAGACUCCGCCAGAUUUCGUUCUCAGCAUUUUCCUUCCCUUGUGAUUAUUGACAUUCUGGGCUUUCUUGCCCUCUAUUGACUACUGAUUGAAUUUCGCCUAUGGCUUUCUCCAACUUGCCACUCUCUCCCUUUCCAUCCCAUCUUUGCAGCCUCAUAAGGUGGGAUACAGCAGCUUUUAUGUAGUUAUCCACAACUCCAAUUUCAGAGCUCUGACUCUCAAGGAAUAUGCUGGGCGGGCCCUGGGGUAGAACCUGGGCUAGGGACAGGGACAUAGGCAUCAAAGUGACUUGACAUUUGACUGUAAAUUAAGUGUUCUGAUUAGUAAGAGCAGACCAGGGGGCCAGGUGCUCCCAAUGGUGACAAUAAAGUGUUGUCUUUUUCUUAUUGUUGUU